AAUGAGCGAAGAGAACGUCAGACGACAACGUGGCUAUGAGUCGAAGCACGUCUCACAGCUAGCGACAAUGGGAAAAGAACAAUGCAGAUGAAUGCUUGCUGGAUGCGUCACCUUAGAGGCGCGCAUUGCGGCUUGCCAGGGGUACGCAACGGCAGGCAACACUUAUGUGACGAAGAUAAUGGCUCAUCCGCCGAGGUACUCGAGUGCACGCAUGAAAGCUCCAACACGGACAUGGAAUGACAUUAGAGAUGAGUCCGACAAGGGCGGAAUUACGGGCGUUGUCGACGGAGAGACGCCUGUAACCAAACGUGUCGUCUGCCCAGAGUCGGAUUCGGAGCUAGAGAAAGAGCCGCUGAGAAGUCACGGCUCGAUCAUGCCACUUCGCUGGGUGAUGAACAAUAAGCUGUCGCUGUCAUAGGGGCAUAAUUGG